CCCACCCCCGCCCGGCCCGGCUCGCUCCCCCAAAUGAGCGGUUCGCCCGCUGGAUCUAACGCAAGGACAUCGCCCGGCGGCAGCGGCAGCAGCGGCAGCAGCAGCGGAGGAGGAGGAGGAGGAGGAGGCAGGAGCGCGGCGGCCGCCCCCCCUCCCGCAGCCCCGUCCCCGGGAGCCGCCCGCCCGGCGCCGCUCGCCCACCUGCCCCCGGAGGACCCCCUGCGCCAGGCCAGCCGGCUGCCCAUCCGGGUGCUGAAGAUGCUGAGCGCCCACGGCGGACACCUCCUGCACCCGGAAUACCUGCAGCCCCUCUCCUCCACGCCCGUCAGCCCCAUCGAGCUGGACGCCAAGAAGAGCCCGCUGGCGCUGCUGGCGCAGACGUGCUCGCAGAUCGGCAAGCCGGACCCUCCGCCCGCCUCCAAGCUCAACGCGGCCGCGGCCGCCGGCCUGGACAAGGAGGCGGGCGGGCGCGGCGCCUCGGGGGGCCUCAAGCAGCUGGGCGAGCCGCCCGGCGACGACAAGUCCAGCUUCAAGCCUUACUCCAAAGCGGGCGGCGGCGGCGACCCCCGCAAGGAGGGCGGCGGCGGCCCGCCCGGCCCGGCGUCGGAGAAGAGCGGCUUCCGCGUGCCCAGCGCCGCCUGCCCGCCGUACGGCGCGCCCGCCCCGGCCUCCGCCUCGUCGUCCGCCUCGUCCCCGGGGGGAUCGCGGGGCAGCUCCCCGCAGCAGCCCCCGCCGCCGCCGCCGCCCGAGGGCAAAGGGGGCCCCGACGAGAAGAAGGAGGCGGACGGAGGCGCCAAGGGCGGCCCCGAGGGCGCGGCGGGGCCCGGCGGGAGGAGCGGCGAGGCCGGGGCGCCCGGCGACGCCCCUUCGGGCCGCAAGUCGGAGCCGCCGCCGCCGGGCCUGGCCGCCCCGGGCCACGUGGCGCCGGUGUCGCCCUACAAGCCGGGCCCCGCCGUCUUCCCGCUGCCCCCCUCCGGCAUCGGCUACCACGGGUCCAUCGUCGGCGCCUACGCCAGCUACCCCUCGCCGUUCGUGCCCGGCCUGGACCCCGCCAAGGCCGGCCUGGUGAGCGGCCAGCUGCCGGGCUCGCUGGGGCUGCCGGGCAAGCCCCCCAGCUCCAGCCCGCUGACGGGGGCCUCCCCGCCCUCCUUCCUGCAGGGAUUAUGCCGCGACCCCUACUGCCUGGGCUACCACGGCGCCUCCCACCUGGGCACCGGCGCCUGCUCCAGCUGCGCCCACGACCCGGGCGGCCUGAAAAGCGGCUACCCCCUGGUGUACCCUUCCCACCCGCUCCACACCACCCUCUCCGGCGCCAGCCCCAGCCUGCCCGGCCACCCGCUCUACACCUACGGCUUCAUGCUCCAGAACGACGCCCUGCCCCACAUCUGCAACUGGGUGUCGGCCAGCGGACCCUGCGACAAGAGGUUUGCCACCUCGGAGGAGCUCCUGGCCCACUUGCGGACGCACACCGCCCUGCCCGGGGCCGAGAAACUGCUGGCCGCCUACCACACCUCCGGGCUGAGCUCCACGGCCUCCUGCCACCUCCACCUCCCGCCCGCUGCCCCGGGGAGCCCCGGCUCCUUGCCCGGAUCCCUGUCUUUGAGAAGCCCGCACACGUUGGGACUCAACAGAUACCACCCCUACGGCAAGAGCCAUUUGCCCACGGCCGGGGCGUUGCCGGUGCCCUCCUUGCCCGCGGCUGGACCCUACUAUUCUCCCUACGCCCUGUAUGGCCAAAGACUCACUUCAGCCUCUGCACUUGGAUAUCAGUAACUAAAGCUCUCCCCUCCCCGGCCCCCGUCUCUGACCUCUCUUGCCCCUUGCCCUGGACUCUAUAUUUAUUGACUGUGUGUUAGCUUAAAGCUGGGAAUAUAAGUGCAUUAAUACACCAAUGAAUCAAUGGUAUGCAAAAAGUCUGUGUGUCCCCCACCACCACCACAAAAAAAAAAAUCCCUUUACUUUUGCAGGUGUU